CUUUCAUGGACUGAAUGGGUAUUGAAGCGUACUUUUAAAGUCUCGUGAAAUAAAGUUUAUUAUAUAGAACAAAAUGGCAUUUGAUUUCGAUUCAUCUCUUCACAAGGCGUCGGAUUUAAUACAUGAAUUCACAUGUUCUCCAUGUGAAGAUGACGGACUUAACUCUAAGGCUCAGAACUUUUGUGUGGACUGUUCAAAGUACUACUGCUCUCGGUGCGUGUCCAAACAUGGCAGCCUGUUUAAGCGGCACAAAGUGCUUGAUCGGAAGGACGUAAAGAAAUGGGCGGCGGUGCCUGGGACGGUCGUGGACGAUCUGGAAAGAUGCGAGCACCAUCCCGGGAAAAAAGUGGAGCUCUUCUGCGGAGACCAUCAAAAGCUAUGUUGUCAUAUAUGCGUCUCCCUUGUUCACAGACAAUGUUCGUUGAUACAACAUAUACCAGACGUAGCACAAGGUAUUGAUGACAAACCAGAAUUCAAACAGCUUCCACAACAAAUCGUCGACAUCCAAUCACAAAUCAAGAAGCUACAGAAGUCCCGCGAGAAAAAUCAACAAUGCAUACGGGACUCCCGUGCACAAAUCCUAUUAGAGAUCAGAGCUUUGCGUAGGAAGAUCGACCAAGCCCUUGAUCAAUUGGAGCAAAACACAAUCAAAGAGGUGGACGUUAUGGUUGCAAUAUUUGAGGAGCAAAUGAAGAAAGACAUUGCACAGUCAGCACAGUUGAGCAAGGACAUAAAGUCACUUGCAGAUAGCAUGGCGAAGACUAAGACGAACAAUUCCUUGGCCUACGUAGGAUAUUCUCGAUGCCAGGAAUUAAUUACAGAAACCAAAGCUUUUCUCGAAGACAACACAAGCAAACAAGAAGUAGAGUUGGCGUUUGUGCUACAUACAGGGCUAAACCACCUUAUUGAUUCUUUUAUGUCUUUAGAACGGUUUGGGGAGAUUACUAAUACGUCCCAUGUUUUCAAUGUUGAAAAUGUGAAACAAUUCAAUGCAGCACUUACAAUUGACAAAGGAAUCUCGAACAUAAGUGGAAUAUGUGAACUAUUAAGUGGAGAGCUCGUUCUUGUUGACAAUUACAAUUGCCGUAUUAAGCUCCUGAACCAGUCCUAUCAGAUUGUCGAUCACUGCGACGUUCCAACUCAUCCACAAAAUGCAUGCAAUAUUUCGGGCAAUGAGCUAGCGGUUGCUGUCAACUGUAAUGAGGAAAGUAGACAUGAAGUUCGAUUCUUUAACGUAAGGGUUUCAGAGUUACAACAGACAAGAAAGCUAACGUUCAGUCACAUAGUUACCAGCAUAGCUCACCAUUCAGCGCGUCUGUAUAUUACAUCUGACACUGCGCUCUACUCUUACGACAAGAAAGGCCAAGAUGGGAGGAAAUUGUAUGAGAAAAUGCAAAUUGCUCACAGCUGCGCUGUGAGCUCUGAUGGCAGUAAAAUCUACAUAGCAAAUUUCUCCAAAGAUCAACUUCUUACCUUGGAUAAAGCAGGAAAUCAAUUAUCAACGCUCAGCGAUCCCGAUAUGAAAGGUCCACGCGUUAUACACGUGUCCGCUCUAGGUCACGUUUUUGUCUACUCUUAUAUCUCACACACUUUACUUCAAGUGGACAGUGAAGGAAAGAGGAAGCUGGCUACACUGGCUACGCGAGCGGAUGGAUUGAUGAAAUCAACUUCACUGUGUUACAGUAGCCGUACAUCCAUUCUUUUUGUAGGUAAAUAUGAAAAUAACAACGUUGAUGUGAUUAAGGUCAAAUAAUGAAUUACAGAAACACUCAUUAGACGAACCUGUACACACAAUAAUAAAGCAGUCUCCGUCUAAAAUAUUAGACUGUGUGUGAGUGUAACUUGUUUACAAUAAUACAUAUGUUAGUUUAUAUUUAGAAUGUUAGAAUGGUAUACUGUUGUACAAUGUGUGAUUUAUUCCUGAAUCGUAGAACAUUACAUAGAUAUAUAUCAUCUUGCAAAAAACUAUUAUUAUAUAUUAUGUUUGAUUGAUUGUAAAUUAUGAACUUUAAUAUUCACAUUCGCUAUAAAAGCAUAUCAGGACAUAUCGCUUUUAUAAUAUGUUGGAACAUUUAUAUUUUCUUAUUCAGCUAUAGAUAUAUUUAGUUGAUUACAUAAAUGCUAUGUUCUUGUAGAUAUAUUAAAGGGCCAUGCUCAUGUUUUGAACGAAUUUUCGUUUCACUGUUAUACAUCUUAGUACACUAAUGUAUGAUCUUCGGCCACAUGGGUCUAUGAUCUUCUGGUUCUGUUCUGUUCACUAAUAUUAUAAUUAUUUAACACUAUGAUACCGAAACUACAGAAACAGUACUAUCAUACUAUAAAAAGAAAAUCUCGUUUCAGUCCUGAUCGAAACCAUGCUGGUAUAGUAACAAAACAACAACACAAUAUUAUAUCUUUGAUUGGUUGUGAUUGAUAUUCUUAUUAUUAAUCAUUUAUUAAUAAUAAUAUUCAUCAUUAUUGAAUAUAUACACAUUUUGCAUUGUAUAAUAUGUAAGAUACAUAUUUAAUUAUUCUGCUUUAUAUAUAUAUAUAUAUAUAUAUUGACCUUGUAAGUUUUAUUAUACGACUCGUUUUGUUUUGUAUUUUUUUUAAUAAGGUAUUGCUAUUUUAAGGAGGUACAUUGCUAUACAAUUGUGUGAUAUGCAAAGAAAAUCUUCGCGCGCUUAUUUCAAAAAAGCAACUAUGGUCGCGCUAAGUGGAACUCCAAAUGAUCUCUUAGUGUGCUCAAUGAUGUCUUUUUGAAUACAUGCCGAAAAACUAUGAAAUAACGCAAAGGUAUGGUGCUAGGCAUAAUGUUUUGCGAAAAAAUGAUUGCUCAAAAACGUUUCUAUACUAUAAGCAGAAAAUGCGUUUCGACAAAAACGGAUUAAAGCUCAUUUUCUAUGGAAACGUUUUUGAAAUUUGUCAAACAUACUCUUUCACCUAAGAUAUAUAAUUCAAGACACGAAAGCACUCAAACUAAUCACCAAUAAGCAUAAAGACGUAAUGUUUUCUUAGUUAAUGAGCUGUUGACAAUGUACCCAUUAUUUUUACUGAAAGUUUUGUGUGCCUGUGUAAUUUUGUGGAGAAAUUAAUCCAACUUGCAGCUAAUAUAUAUAUGACCAAUCUAAGAAGCAGCGUAUUAAAUGUUCAGUUUCAUUUUAAUUCCGUAGACGUCCCCUUUCGGUUUAUCUCUCUCUUUCUCUAUUUUUGUAAUGCUUUAUCAGGAAGUCCGUACCGAAAGCAAUGACGAAACUAUCCAUUUGUGUUUUUAUAUUUCUAGCUUCAUGUUUAAUAUCGCCAAUAUCGGUGAGCAUGACUUUCUUUUUACUCGAACUUGCAUAUGUGUAUUUUCUCGGUAUUUUAUAAUAUCGUCAACUCACAUGCGUCAUAAACCCUUAAGUGUGAUCGGUCGGGAUAUUUGUUUGAACUAUACUCUCCCGACUUUUAUGUAAAUGAAAAAGAUUAAAAAAUACGAAAAAACAAA